CAUUCAUUCACAAAUUGCUGUCAUUAUAUGUUUCAUUCAGCUUUCAAUUCAAUUUAAUUUUUCAUGAAUUGCGGAUAGCAUGUAAUGGAUGUAAGAUUAUUACAUAUUUUAUGAUUAGGCCCUUUUUCAACGCAAAAAAUAUAAAUUUGAAUAUUGGUAUUGCAAGUCAUAACUAUGGCUAAUAAUGCGGAGAUAACUGGCCCUGUAACUCAAGAAGACAUAGAGGCAGCGGAAAAAUUGAAAAACGAAGCCAAUGAUUUUUUUAAAAGGCAAAAUUACAACAGAGCUAUCGAAUUGUACACACAAGCCAUUGAGAAGAAUCCUACAAGUGCGGUUUUUUUCGCGAAUAGAAGUAUAGCCAAUUUACGUCUAGAAAACUUUGGGUAUGCGCUGACAGAUGCUUCGAAAGCCAUAGAAUUGGAUAGGGCUUACACUAAGGCUUAUUACCGCAGAGCAGCCUCUUACAUGUCAUUAGGAAAGUACAAACUAGCUCUUAAGGAUUUUGAAUAUGUAACCAAAGUUAGGCCAAAUGACCAGGAUGCAAAGAUGAAAUACAAUGAAUGCAAUAAAAUAGUUAAAAAAAUUGCCUUUGAAAAAGCCAUUUCUGUUGAUAAGAAGGAGGUCAACAUUGCAGAUUCUAUCAACUUGGAUGCUAUGACCAUUGAGGAUGAAUACGAAGGUCCGUCGCUGGAAGACGGAAAAGUCACUAUGAAAUUCGUAACAGAACUCAUGGAAUAUUACAAGCAGCAGAAGAAAUUACACAAAAAGUUUGCCUACAAGAUCCUGAUUGAUGUGAAAGCAUACCUCCAAAAGCAGCCUUCGCUGGUUGACAUCAAAGUGCCUGACGAUGAAAAGUUUACGGUGUGCGGUGACAUACACGGACAGUUCUAUGACCUGAUGAAUGUGUUUAAAUUAAACGGGUUACCUUCAGAGAAAAAUCCGUACCUGUUCAACGGUGAUUUCGUGGACAGAGGAUCGUUCAGUGUGGAAUGUAUUUUCACACUGUUCAGUUUUAAACUGCUGUUUCCAAAUCACUUUUAUAUGUCAAGAGGUAACCACGAAACCCUGGACAUGAACAGGAUGUACGGUUUUCGUGGCGAGGUGACCUCAAAGUAUACUUCACAAAUGGCGGAUCUGUUCACCGAGGUGUACAACUGGCUCCCUCUGGCGCAUUGCAUCAAUAACAGAGUGUUGGUGAUGCACGGAGGAUUAUUCUCCAAGGAUGACGUCACGCUCGAAGAUAUCAGGAAGGUUGAUAGGAACAAGCAGCCGCCUGAAGAUGGUAUAAUGUGCGAGCUGCUGUGGUCGGACCCGCAGCCGAUGGGCGGGCGGGCGCCGUCGAAGCGCGGCGUGGGCUGCCAGUUCGGCCCCGACGUGACCGCCAACUUCUUGACCCGCAACGGCCUGGAUUACAUCAUCAGGAGUCACGAGGUCAAGAACGACGGCUACGAGAUAGCCCACGACGGGAAAUGCAUCACUGUUUUCUCAGCUCCUAAUUACUGUGAUACAAUGGGUAACCUUGGUGCUUUUAUCACGAUGAAUGGCAAAGACUUGAAACCUAACUUCACUACAUACGAGGCUGUGCCACAUCCAGACGUGAAGCCGAUGGCGUACGCUCACUCAUUCUUCAACCUUCUUUGUCAGUAACGAGACUGUUCUGUGACACAAAUGUACGCUCCUCAAUUAUAUACAAUCACAUAUCACAAACCACGUAAUUCAAACUAGUUAAGUUCAUCUAUUUCUUGAAGACUACAACUGUAGUUUGAAUUUAAAUGAGUUUUAUUAAUAUACUUAAUCUGGUGAUAUUAAUACAUGUGAACCUUUCUCUUUAGUCAUUCUAUUAAAUAAGAAACUGCAUCAAAUUUACAAAAACUGUUGCAAGUUUUUGUUCUAUAUAGACGACACAUGGAUACAUUUCGUCUACGAUAUGCCUUUUUGCGGCAUAUCAUUUAAAUAUGAAUUGACUACAAGGAAAUCCAAAUCAACUUUUAACUAGUUUUCUUAAAUUAGUUAAUUUGUUACAUAUCAGACGUAAUUUCUUCUAAAUUUCUGCGUUCUACCGCAAUUAAAAAAAAUCCAAACCAGUCACAAAUGAGACUGUUUACGUACCUAUAUAAUAUUUGACCAAAAAAAAGAACCCUUAUACAAAAUCAAAUAAGGAAACUUUAUUAUCCAAUGAUAAAAUUAUAUUAAAGUCUUUGUUUAUCAAAUUAAUGAUAAUUAAAUAAUUUUUCAAUUCGAACCAGUAGUUCCUGAGAUAGCGCGUUCAAACAAACAAAAUUUUCAGCUUUAUAAUAUUAGUAUACAUAUUGGUUUAAUCGCGCCAUAAUUAAAAAGCGGGUGGGUAUAUGUGAUUGCGAAUGUGUAAUUGUGGAGGUAAUAUUUUAACCUAAACGCCUUCUAUCCAUCGGAUAUACUUCUAAGACAAUAUGAAAUGCAAUAUGUAUUUUGGAGGUCAAAAGUUUUUGUGGGAGACGAGUAAUAACAAUUUUUGUAACGAUAUUAUCAUCUAUAGAACUACACUAACAUAAUAACAUGCAAACUUUUACAUGAUUUCUUUUGAAAUUUCACAUUUACAGCUCAACCAUAGACAAGGACAUUGGUUCUACGAAUUUUAUAUAAUAACUUUAUACACACGUAAAAUGGAGCCCCUUUCCCGGAGGGGUAGGCAAAGAGUAUAUGUUUCCAGUUGCCACGAUCCCUGCAUACUUCUUUCGAUUCAUCCACAUUAAUAACUCUCUUCAUGCGAGCUUGGCUUGGUUUAAGAUACAACCUGAUCUUUGGUUAAGUUAUUGUCGAUUUCAUCAAGGUACAUUCUUCUAGGCCUUACAACUGCAUAACUCAAUUACACCAAUUAAAAAAUGAUUUACCAAAGUUUUCUUGUACUAUGGAUGAAAUUUGAAAGUCUAUGUUCAUAUGAACAUAGAGUUAAGUACGUUCAAAUAUCACAUUAAAUUUGUAUGUAACAAAUUAUCUAAAUUCGUAGAACAAAUAUAUUAUAAAUAUAUUAUAAAUGUUCUUGUCAAGUCUUGCAAGGUUGUCAAUAUUUUACAUGUUACCCUGUAAGGAAUAAAAGAUAGCUGCAUUGCAAAUAAAUUAAAAUACUUUUAGCUCCAUCAUACAUAAAGCUUUAUAAGCAAUGGAUUUGCGACUGCUAUUUCUGUAAAAUUAGAUGAAUAAGUCUCUAGCCAUAAUAUGGACAAAUCUUCGGUGACAUUAUAAGAUUGGCAUUUAGCGUAUUUAUUUUGUCAUAGUAAAGUGCUAUUUGUAAAAUGCAUGACCAAAUCAUGAUAAUUUUAUUAUUUACAUACAUACAUAUAAUUACAUUUAUAUAUCUUGCCGAGUAGACAAAGGCUAACAGUCUUAAAAAUACUGAAAAGCCAUUUUUAGCUGAAUGGCUCAAAGAUGGAAUUGAGAUUCAAAUACUGAUAGGUUAACCUGGCCUACAAAAUAAUACCAGGUUAAUAGCCUUUCCUUUAGUUAAUUUUUACAACAUCCAUGGGUUAGUGAUAUAUUUAUAGAUAUUUAUAAAUAAUCAUACAAUAAAACCACAGGAUAGCUUGGACACGAAUGACAUGUAUUUUUAAGAUGCGCGCGCAUGGGACGCCGCGCCACAGAUAAACAAGAACAUAACAAGAAAGAGUUUGUAUAACAUUUCAAACUUCUUUGAACAUAUAUAUCAUUCCUCCACACUUAUUUUGAGAACCUGUUGAAAAUUAUGUACAUUAAUCAUAAUACUUAUUAAAUACAUUUAAACUAAAAAUAACAACUUGUUAAAUUAGAAGAUAUUAAUUACAAAUACUUUCUGUAAUCAACCCGUGGAACAUUUCGUCUAGGGCGAGUGAGAGAUUCCGGCGGAUCUACCACCGUUGCAUCGCUACUGACGCCCUGCACUUGCUCAGAACUAUGCUCGGCUGAAGAGUCAUUUUGAAUUUCAACGAUUCUCUCACUUUCCUCCUCCUCACAAUCUCUGCCAACUUCCCUGUCUCUAUUAUUUGUUACAUGCUGAGGUUGUGAACUCAUUUGAGUUUCAUCACUUAGACUUAUCGCAGCCGGUUCUUGGGAAGAGACAGCAGUAACAGGAUUCGAUAAAGAAACAUCAUCAAGUAGAUGGCCAUCAGCUACUUCAUUCUCACCGCCGGUAUAAUUAAGCAGUUGAUCAACAUGCCUGAUACAAUAUUCAUCUAAACUAUCUAUAAAAAUUUUGUACAUUUUGUUACCUACUUUCUCUUUAAUUAUUCCUAGUUGCCAAGUUUCCAUCCGCGCACUAUACCAUCGGCACCACACCUUGUCUCCUAUACAAAACGAUCGCCUACCCGGCACAUGCACUGAGCUGUGCUCUCUUUCCGAUGGCAAAAUAAGGUCGAGACGAGUGCGAAGUUUACGACCAAACAUUAACUUGGCUGGCGUUUCUCCGGUGGUACAAUGCACGGCAUUUCUAUAAUUGAAUAAAUAUCCUAAAAGAUGUUCCUGAAUUUCGCACAGACUUAAAUUUUCUUUAAGUAUACAUUUUAACAUCUUUUUACAUGUUCUGACAGAGUUUUCGGCUUGUCCGUUACUAGGAGGGUGGUAAAUAGGUGACGUCAUAUAUUUGAUACCAUUUGCUGAGCAAAAUAACCUAAAUUCGAGAGAAUUUAUUUUCGUGUCGUUGUCAGAUACUAAGACGUCUGGAAUACCAAAAGUAGCAAAUAAUACUUUAAGCUUAGUAAUUAAAGCGGUCGUUGAAGUUCCAUUGUGCAUAUACAAACACUCCAACCAUUUGCUAUGUGAAUCCACAACCACCAAGUAUACCCUUUGCCCUAUAGUCAUAUAGUCGAUGUGUAUGCGCUGCCACGGGCGGGCGGCGGCGGGCCAGGGCGCGGGCGGGUCUCGCGGCGGGGCCCCGCGCGCCGCCACGCACGCCGCACACGCGCCCACCCAGCGCUCGAUGUCGCCGUCGAUGCCCGGCCACCACAUUCUACUACGAGCAUUACUUUUACUCUUAGUUAUACCUAAGUGGGAAUCGUGCAAUUCCUGUAACAUCUUAUUUCUAAGCUUUGAAGGUAUCACCCCAUGCGCGCGCAUCUUAAAAAUACAUGUCAUUCGUGUCCAAGCUAUCCUGUGGUUUUAUUGUAUGAUUAUUUAUAAAUAUCUAUAAAUAUAUCAUUUGGCGACGAGGAUGGGAUGCCGCGCCACAGAUAAACAAGAACAUAACAAGAAAGAGUUUGUAUAACAUUUCAAACUUCUUUGAACAUAUAUAUCAGUUAGUUAUGGACUGGGUACAUUCUAAUUUGCCGGGCACUACACGGCGUCACAAAAGAGGAAAAAUAAGAAGUAAGCAUAUUUAGGUCAUAUGAUAAUAUGUCUUCCCCAACUUUCUUGUUUUGCGGUUAAAACGAAUAAAUUCACUAUUUGGACCUCUAUUCCAUCACUAAGCCAUACCGCUGUGUGUGGUCUUUCAGUCUUUUAGGACUGUUAAUUCUGUAUACCUCGUAGAGGCUAAAGACAUGAUCAUAUGUAUGUAUUUGUAGAUUGACAUGGAAAAUUUAUGCAUAAUCAACGUUCGAGAAUAAUCCCCCUGAUGGAUGAUAGACAAUUAAGAGCAUAAUAAAAGCUAAAUAUCUUAUCAUGUGAUCGAAGAUUAGAUUGGAAACGAUGAUUCGGCGUUAGCUUAAUAUGGAUAAGAUUCAUUAAUAGCUGAAGACUCAAUAAAGCAAUAUCAAUUAUAAUAAAACACUCUUAAUACAAUGUAAUUAAUUAUAAUAACAUUAUAAAAGUUAAUGUUAGCAUUUAGCCUUAUCCAUGAAAAUUUAACGCCGAAGAAAGGAAUACACUAUGCAUUUUUUGAUAUGUGAAAAAUGUCUGUAUCUGGCCUUAGUGUGAACGCAUCUAUAGCUAAAUAGGCCAUUAUAAUAAUUACGUUACGUAUGUAAUGAAAUAAUUAGUUUUAUUUUGUUGUAGAACAAAUUUUAUUUCGUCACUACAUCACUAGAUGUCAAAGAUUUUUUUU